AUGGCAAAAAAAGGAGCAGGGCGCAAAAGGAUUCCAAUGGAGAAGAUAGAGGACUCAAGUAAGGUUGGGGUUACCUUCUCAAAACGAAGGUCUGGCCUCUUUAAGAAGGCAUGUGCGGUCCGCUCUCUCUGUGACUGUCAUACGGCUAUUGUUAUCUUCUCAGGGGACAACACAGUUUAUUCUUUCGGUGAUCCCUCCUCAGAUAGGAUUUUCAAUUCCUUCAUCGGCGCUACCCCUGCCGAAGAGAGCGAAGGCGCUACCCCUGCCCAAGAGAGCGAAGGCGCUACUUCUGCCGAAGAGAGCGAUGUCCCACAGUUGACAGAAGGUUAUGAUUUUUGUCAACUGAUGGAAGAGAUGACAGAAUAUGAAGGCAUAGUUGAUGCAGAGAAAACUCGGGAAAAUGGCUUUACUGAAGUUGAGAACGAUCCUCAAGAUGAGAACUGCUUGGGGAAAUUGUGGUCAGCACCAGUGGAGGAACUAACAUUGGCAGAAGCUGAAGAAAUGUUGGCGAAAUUGGAGGACUUUAAACCAUUUGAAGACACUUCUAGCAGCCAAGCACAAACAUAA